AUCGUUAUUCUCCAAUUAAUCUCCGUCGUCGUUCAUAUAUAUUUGGUUGAUGAGAUGAGCUCCGACAGAACCAAAGAGGCAACAAAGUUGAUCCACCUCUCAAUCAUGGAAGAAGCGGAAAACCUAGCCUCUGAUAAACAUAACCAAUUCCAAGAACACGACGAUGAUGAUAUGUUCCUUCCCGGAUUUCGGUUUCACCCCACCGAUGAGGAGCUCGUAGGGUUUUAUCUUCGCAGGAAAGUCCAAAACAGACUCGCAACCCUCGACUUCAUCAAGCAGAUUGAUAUCUACAAAUUCGAUCCUUGGGAUCUUCCAAAGACUGCUAGUAGUGUGGGAGAAAAUGAAUGGUAUUUCUUCUGCAAAAGAGGGAGGAAAUACAAGAACAGUAUCAGACCUAAUAGGGUGACAGGCUCCGGAUUCUGGAAGGCCACCGGAAUCGAUCGCGAAAUCUACGCCGCCGGAGCCGGCCAGCACGAAAGCCGCCACUCCAUCGGUCUGAAAAAGUCAUUGGUGUACUACCGAGGAAGUGCCGGUAAAGGCACCAAAACCGAAUGGAUGAUGCACGAGUUUCGGCUUCCCCCUCAGCAUCACAAGAGCAGCGCCGCCGCUCAUCCUAAAAACAUCGCUCAAGAAGCUGAAGUUUGGACACUUUGUAGAAUUUUGAAGCGCAAGAGCAUGUUGGAGUGGAAAGAAUUAACGGCGGCAAAGAGAAACAGUAGUAAUCCCUCUGCAGAAACAUGCAUGCGCAGCAAGGAGUCCCUCAGUACCAACAUGGAAAACUACAUUAGUUUCAGUAAUCCAGUCAAUUGCAACGUUAAUAAUGUUACUAAGCACAGCCAUGAGAAUGAAGAGAGGCCCUUUGGCAUUAGUGUUAAUGUCGGUCGUACUGAUAACGUUGAUUAUCAUAUCAUCUAUGGCAGCCACCAGCAGCAGCAGCAGAUAAACAAUAAUCAAGUUUCUCAAUUAUCUCAUUAUUAUCCUCCAUAUCCACCUGCAGCUAAUUCCUUGUCCAGUUUUACGUCUGCAACUCCAGAAAUAAUGAAUGGAUUCCCGAAGCAUGCAGAUUGGGAAGAGCUCAGAUCUGUUAUUCUAGGGUUUGCCACUCAUCCCUAGAUACAUACCAUGCAUUACUUUGAUAAUUACGAUCAGCUUUAAUUUAAUUUGUCGGUCUUCGUUCUUGUUGUUUUCUCCUUAUCCUUUUCUUUGUUCGAUUAUUGUUGGACACUGUUUCAUACUCCUUGUAAUAUGCCUGUUUAUAUUGGAC